AUGAUUACUCGAGGCAAGAGCUGUCUUCGACGCGGCAACUUGUCAACUUUUUUAGAUAAUGUCGCUAUUCCGACAUCAAACGAGCCUUUACACUUCCUGUACCCUCCUCUUGCAAAGAUUCAUUUGAUCCGGGGUCAUACAUCGGAAUCUCGAGCUUGCUUUUCUACCCGACGGCCCAAGUCGCGCGAUCAUACCUGUUUUCGAGAGCAUAACCAAUCAGUUGAACGCAAGUCCCGGAGAUGGCUGAAUCAAGAGAGUUACUUGUCUAGGGGCGGUAAUGUCGAGGAUGUUGAGGUUCGCUCUCGUACAGUGAUUUCCGAUCCCGAAGUCAAGCGUGAUGCCGUCCUCGACCGGUUCGAAGACGGACAGCGAACCAGCCGUCUACAUACAAAUUCUCGUGAGCACGAAACCGGCGCACAUAGUGGAAGUGAAUUUGAAAAUCUCCCCGAUCUGGAAUAUUCGAAUGAGCUCGUGGAACGCAAGAACCUGGGAAUUGAGGACGUUGAAUAUGAGGAUGUAGAGAAUGAAAAUCUCGAUACAACAGAUUCUAUCACAAUUCGGACGGUACAGUCCAAUGCACCGCCUCCUGAAGAAAGGGAGCGGCGUGCUCUGAUGCGCAAACGUGAUGCGGAAGUAGCCCGCAUGUCGGCCCAAGUCAAAACAUCCGCGCUGUCGAAGAAAAUGAGAUAUCGCCAGUUCAUUGUAUCGAAGCCCAAGGCGCAACAUAAGAGAUCUCCCCACUGGACAGAAUUUAUGGCACGCCUGGAGAGGAUGCACAAUGAAACGAUCGUGACACCGAUGAAGGGCCUACGCAAGGAAAUCUUACUACGAGAGGAGACGGUUGCGUAUUUUUCCGGCACUACAAGAUCGAUGGAGAAUAUUUGGUACGUCCGGAUCCGCAACGGGUGCAAGAUCCAAGUGCUAGAUUCUCUAGAGAGUGAGGGGAUUUAUCGCAAAGUGAUUCUUUCGGGUACAAGACGAGUCAUUGAGUUAGUGGAGAAAGAAUUUCAACAAUACGAUGAGCAGAUUCGUCAGUCAGGAUUACCACCUGUCGUUCCCUCAAUGCUCGCUCUACGUCAGCAAGGCGUGAUGACUCCCCUUGUUCGAAGUUGGUGGUAUGCUGCCCCAAACAACAACAACCGUACAGUGGUCUCGGAACCAGCGCCGGGUACCGUGGUGAAUAGCAUUCGAAAGUUCAACAGAUUGGUCGAGCAAUGGGUUUAUUUCGAGCCACCUGUAAAGGGAUACUGGCACGCUACUCGAGUGAAAGACGAGCUUGUCGAUUUGUUUACAAGGCCUGGAAAUAAGCUGUAUCUUUCAUCUAAUGCCUUACAUCUCGCUCUUACUUGGCUGACUGACCAUGAGUUUCUGGAUUCAGCUCGCAUGGUAUUUGAAGCUGCCAAUGUAGUGUCUACUACGAAUACCUUCAAUAUUUUUCUCCGCGCAACGGCCAAACGUCAGGAUCCUUGGUACUUUCGACAUGUUCUCACGGAGAUGGAGAAGGCAGGACUUCAGCCGAAUGGACAUACUUGGAUGGCUUUGUUGAAGUCUCUUGUCUCUCCAGGUCCGAGAAGGCAAUUGAUGAGACGUAUGAAGGAAUUGGGAUUGACAAAAGAUAUAAGGGUGCUCCAUGAUAUGAUAGAACACGACCUCUCCUUAAUGGUGUCCACCUUCCUCGAAGAAGGAAAUGACAUUCAGGCAUUUUUGGAGUCUUUGGAGCAAAACUAUGGCAGCGAUAUUAUUACGACGAACUUGUUUAACGAGUUAUUGAAUGCAGUGUUUCUGAGACGAGACUUUGAUCUUGCGGCGGAUAUCCUCAAAAGCUACGAACGUUUCGGCCUCGCGCCAAAUGCGAGGACGUUCACCGCGGCAUUGCCUGUUUUCUAUCGAAUUGGCCCGGCUGUGGACACCAUGACACCAUAUUUGAGAGAUCAUGAACACCUACUUCACCAUCGCCAUUACGACAUGUUAUUCCUCGAUGCUAUAGCCUCGAAUGCAAUCAACGCAUGUCGAGUUAUUUGGAGAUAUGCUAGCAUGAGAGGGGAAACGAGCCCAACAAUGCGAUACAUCGUUUUAUCUUCUCUACUUGGGAAAGCUACUGGAAGAGGGGCGAAGAAUGUCAUCAAUCCCGAGCACAUACAUCAUCAUAUCGGCGCACUUGUUAUCGGCUUGAAUUAUCCGCAGACACAACCCAUGACGAAGGCUGCCUCGCUGGUCCCUUUGAAAUAUCAAUCAAAUCCAGUAAUCUACCUGCUUCACAAUAGGGACAAAAUGACCGGGUCCGAAAAAAACAAGCUCGUCAAGGCGUUGAUGGAAGAUGAUAUCGACAGAGGCCGUCAAUAUCAGCCUCUCGAGCCAUUUACGGUCAUGCUAGAUGCGGCCGUCAGACUCGAUUCGAGUCCAGAGUAUAGUUGGGACAGGCCCAAGGAAGAAAACUAUGCUGGCAUGAAGAAUUUGCCUACGAUGGAGAUUCUCAAACAUGUUAUAGAUGUUCCUGUAGAACAGGCAUUAAAAUCACUGGCGGAUAAAGCCGGUUUGUAA